CUAGUUUCCAUAUAUAAAACACAAAAAUAACUCCUAAUUACUAAUUAGAGAGAGAGAGAAAGAGAGAGAGAGAGAGAGUUGCAGGAAGGACAUGGCCGGUGGUUGUAGCAUCAGAGCUCUCUGGAUCCUGAACAAUCUCGACUCUGUUGUCUUCUCCAGGAGGUUUCCGGGGGCGGAGAAGCGGUGGCGCGCUGCUUGCAAGACCGAGAACGAGAAAAGUGCUGAUAGUUUGAAGUACGCUGUGCUGCCAUUGCUUCCUACUGAUUCGGAGCUUGCUGUUGCUUUCGUGGACCGCAAAAAGAGGGAAGGGUCUGCUCGUGGGUUUGGCAUACGUGUAGCUCAGUCAGCUGAAGGGUCUGAUUCGUGGGUUGAUGAUCCAAUUACACGCCAUAUUAUAAGCCUAUAUAUUAACAAAGAAGAAGAAGGAGAGAUUCAUCUCUUAUGGCCAUUAAUUUUGCACAUAAAAAGUCAGUAUUGCAUCCUUGUAUUGCCUUUAGUUGAACCCUGUCAUCUAAAAGCAUAUGCGAGAAUAUGUAAAAGAUCUGAUUGUGGAAAUGCUGUUGGAGUGGAUGGAAGUGUGUCUUCCCUUCUUCUUGAUCUUCCAUCCAUCACAGGGGCCUUAAUGGUGGCACAUGCCAUAGGGGAUGUAGUUACAGGGGAUGUUCCAGAACCUGAGGUGGUUGUUAGUGCUUCUCCAUCCGUAGGGGGGUUGUUGGAUUCCCUAACUGGCAGUAUUGGGAUUUCAGGUAUUUCUGCAAGAGCAAAACCUGUAGCUGCACCAGUUGCACCUUCUACCACCUCAAACACUGCUGUGACUGGAGCCAUUGCAUCAGAUGCUCCAAAGAUUGGUUCAAGGCCCCUGGACAAAGAUGCACUUCGAACUUUUAUUAGUAGCUCAAUGCCAUUUGGUACACCCUUGGAUCUCAACUAUUCCAAUAUUUCUGCUAUUAAGCUUUAUGGCUUUGCUUCAUCAGAUUUGCCCCCAGCAGACAGAAAACAGCCUGCGUGGAAACCAUAUCUCUAUAAGGGAAAGCAGAGGAUUAUUUUUACAAUUCACGAGGCUGUUCAUGCUGCAAUGUAUGACCGGGACGAGAUCCCAGAUACUAUAUCUAUUUCUGGGCAAGUGAAUUGUCGAGCAGAAUUAGAAGGAUUGCCUGAUGUUUCUUUCCCCAUGAUUGGGUUGGACAAUGCUCGUAUUGAGGUUUUAUCAUUUCAUCCUUGUGCCCAAGUACCGGAACAUGGAGUAGAUAAGCAGGCCCUGAUGUUUUCACCACCAUUGGGUAAUUUUGUUUUAAUGCGUUAUCAAGCACUUUGUGGCAUUGGGCCUCCAAUAAAAGGAUUCUACCAGCUGUCAAUGGUCUCAGAAAAUGAAGGUGCAUUUCUAUUUAAGUUGCACCUGAUGGAACGUUAUAAAUCUCCUCUUACAAUGGAGUUCUGCACUGUGACUAUGCCAUUUCCUAGGAGAAGGUUGGUUUCGUUUGAUGGGACACCUUCUAUUGGAACCGUUUCAACCACUGAGCAUUCAGUUGAGUGGAAGAUUAUAACAAGUGGAAGAGGUAUUACUGGGAAGAGCAUUGAGGCAACUUUUCCUGGAACAGUUAGGUUUGCACCAUGGCAAACUCAAAGAUUGAUUUCCUCUGGGUCAGUCUUGGGAAGCAUAGUUGAUGAGGAUAGUGAUAUAGAAACAGAGGCCACUAAUAAUGUGGUAAAUGUGGAGGACUUUUUAAUGGAAAAAAUGAACAAGGACCUCCCACCAGUUGACCUUGAGGAGCCAUUUUGCUGGCAGGCUUACAAUUAUGCUAAAGUAUCUUUCAAGAUUGUGGGGGCAUCCUUAUCUGGAAUGUCCAUUGAUCCUAAAUCUGUGAGCAUUUUUCCAGCUGUUAAAGCACCUGUGGAGUCCUCAACUCAGGUUACUUCUGGGGAUUAUAUAUUGUGGAACACAUUGGGGCAAUGCCUGUCUACUGCCACAGCAAAAGUAUAAAGGGAUGAUGGAUUGGGAAAUCUUAAGAAUGUGAAAUGUUGUAAUUUGUUUGGCAAAGAUGUUUUGUCCUUAAAAUAUUCCUUAGCAGGGCAAGAGAGAACCGUGCUCGGGCCAUCAGUUCAGGUUCACUCCAUGCAUGAUUAGCCUCAAGUAUUUAUUUGUCUUGCAGAUGAAGUCUGAUGUCUCGUGUUUUUUGAACAAGAUUGCUGCAAGGCAUGGGUGUUGAUUACCAUCGAGUUAUUGUGAGAAAGCAAUUACAGCAGCAUGAGGUUGAGCCACACAGGCAAGCCAUUCUCUCUCUCUUUUAGUUUAAUGUUUUUGUUGUUAUUUAAUGUAGUUAUCAUUUGUGCGAGACAACAAGGCUUCUGUGGGUAGGUUUCAUUUUUUUUAUAUAGUAAGUUUGGAUUCAUUUUGGAUAGUGUGAACUUAAGAAGAAAGAGAGAACACAAGAAUUUCUUUUGUAUGAGUUGGACCUUUUCGGUUGCUUGACUUAAAGCUCCAUUUGGAUAUUUGAAAUGAAGCAAUUUGAUGUUAUUUAUAGAAGGUUA